CUGCGCCGACUCGUCCUCGUCGUUUUUCUGCGUCUUUGAUGCCGCGUCGGUUGCGGUGGCACGGCAGAUCGCCGAACGGUGCGUGUUGCUGCGCGCGGUGUACCUCCUCUUUGCUGCAGCCGCGACGGUUGAAGAUCUCCUCGCCUGCCUCGGCAGCGCUGCGGAGGGGGCGGAGGGGGGGCCGUGGCUGCAUGGGGUGAGCCACAGCCACCACCAGCAGCAGCAGGGGAAAGAUGACGGGGAUGAAGAGGUGUCGGUCAGCAGCGGUGGCGACUGUUCGCCACGGGUCGAGACGGUGGGGAGGCACUACACGGUGCAGGAGAAGGCGGAGCUGGCCGCCCGCAUCAGCUGUGCGUUGGGGCUGCCGCCGCCGCCGCCGCCCGCC